GUAGUCGCGCAUUGGAUCAGUCGGUCUUUUCGCAUUCUACUAAACAUAAAGUGUAAUUUUUUUUCGUCGUUUUCACGCUGCGCCGUACGAGAAGUACGCGAGUGAAAAAAACGGAAAAAAUUAAAUAAAUCCAAUCUGCAAAGUCGUCUGUCCGUGAGAUAAUAAUCACGAAAACGUUGAGAUUUAGUUUUACUACAAAACAAAGUCAGUUUUAUUGAUGAAAAUGAGUGGGAUACUUAAGCUUUCGUGUCUCCUGGCAAGACAACCAACUCGAGUGCUGAAUCAAUUGGGACUACCGGUUGUUGCAAAUCGCAAAUUUCAUUAUACACCGGAUGGCAAAGCUGCUAAGGUGUCAGAAGGAAUUUCAAAGCAAUAUCCAGUAGUAGACCAUACAUAUGAUGCAGUUGUUGUUGGAGCUGGUGGUGCAGGAUUACGAGCAGCUUACGGGCUUGUGGCUGAAGGAUUUAAAACAGCUGUUGUCACUAAAUUAUUUCCAACACGAUCUCACACAGUCGCUGCUCAAGGAGGAAUUAAUGCCGCUCUUGGAAAUAUGGAAGAAGACAAUUGGCAGUGGCAUAUGUAUGAUACUGUUAAAGGAUCUGAUUGGCUUGGAGACCAAGAUGCAAUUCAUUAUAUGACUCGUGAAGCACCAAAAGCUGUUAUUGAGUUGGAAAAUUGUGGAAUGCCUUUCAGCCGAACCCAAGAUGGCAAAAUUUACCAACGAGCUUUUGGUGGACAAUCCUUGAAAUUUGGAAAAGGAGGUCAAGCUCAUAGAUGUUGUUGUGUCGCGGACAGAACUGGACAUUCACUUCUUCAUACUCUUUAUGGCCAAUCUCUUAGCUACGAUUGUAACUACUUUGUGGAAUAUUUUGCUCUAGACUUAUUGAUGGAAGGUGGAGAGUGUCGAGGAGUUAUUGCUUUAUGUUUGGAAGACGGAUCAAUUCAUCGUUUCCAUGCUAAAAAUACCGUCUUAGCAACUGGAGGUUACGGACGUGCUUACUUUUCAUGUACUUCAGCCCACACAUGUACAGGUGAUGGUACUGCGAUGGUAACCCGUGCUGGACUUCCCAAUCAAGAUCUCGAAUUUGUCCAGUUUCAUCCAACAGGAAUUUAUGGAGCAGGAUGUUUAAUUACUGAAGGAAGUCGUGGAGAGGGCGGAUAUCUAAUUAACAGUGAAGGUGAAAGAUUUAUGGAACGUUACGCUCCAGUUGCUAAAGAUCUUGCAUCUCGAGAUGUCGUCUCCAGAUCCAUGACUAUUGAAAUUCGUGAAGGAAGAGGAGUGGGACCUGAAAAAGAUCAUAUUUACUUACAACUUCACCAUCUCCCACCAGAACAAUUAGCUGCAAGACUUCCUGGUAUUUCAGAAACUGCAAUGAUUUUUGCUGGAGUGGAUGUAACUCGUGAACCCAUUCCCGUAUUACCAACUGUGCAUUAUAAUAUGGGUGGAGUACCAACAAACUAUAAAGGACAAGUUUUAACAACAAAGAAUGGAGAAGAUACCGUUGUACCUGGACUAUACGCAUGUGGAGAAGCAGCAUGUGCUUCAGUUCAUGGUGCUAAUCGUUUAGGUGCUAAUUCUCUUCUUGACCUGGUAGUUUUUGGACGAGCUUGUGCUAAAACAAUCGGAGCAGAAAACAAACCUGGAGAAAAAAUUGGUAGCCUCAGUUCGAAUGCCGGAGAACAAUCUGUAGCUAAUUUGGAUCGCAUCAGACAUGCGAAUGGUUCAAUUUCUACCGCAGAAUUGAGACUGACAAUGCAAAAAACCAUGCAAACACACGCUGCUGUGUUUAGAGAGGCAAAAACACUCCAAGAAGGUUGCCAGAAGAUGACCGACUUGUAUAAAAAAUUAGAUGAACUUAAAUUAACUGAUCGAUCUCUCAUAUGGAAUUCAGACUUGAUAGAAACAUUGGAGCUUCAAAAUUUAAUGUUGAACGCAAUGCAGACUAUUUACGCAGCUGAAAAUAGAAAGGAAAGUCGUGGUGCUCAUGCACGAGAAGAUUUCAAAGAUAGAAUCGAUGAAUAUGAUUAUAGUAAGCCCAUAGAGAAUCAAAGCCCUAAACCAAUAGAUCAACACUGGAGAAAGCACACUCUUACUACAAUGGACGAAAAAACUGGAAAGGUCUCAAUUGACUACCGAAAUGUAAUUGAUGCGACAUUGGAUUCUAAGGAAUGCGCUACAGUACCUCCAGCGAUUCGUUCAUACUAAACUCAUUUAGUUCGCACACCAAUGUUACUGAAUUCGUAAAACAUAAAUUACAAAUAAUCUUGUCAUUAAUUUUAAAUAUUUAAAUUUAAAGCCUGAGUCGAUUCUUAUUAUUGUACAAGUCACCAAAAGAAGCAGCAAAUUUAUUUAUUUUUAAUUAUUAAUUCGUUACCAAGAUCCAAUAUGCACCAAAGUUUGUACUUUGUCAAUUUGUUCGAGAUUAUUUGUUGUAAAAUAUGCAUAUGAUCGAAUAUUUUGUUGAGGUAAAAUGAAGAAGGUACUGAGUUUAAAGAAGCAACAAAUUUAUAUAAAGAUGUACUGACUGAUCUCUUCUUCAUUUAAUGUCAAUUUUUAAUAUUACGUGGUAGUUAACUAAUGAGUAUUAAAGCUGAAAUGGAGCAGAUAAAUAUUGGCUUCAUCAAAAUAACAAAAAAAAACGCAAAACUUUAUAUUAAAUUUUACACGCAGUUAUGUACUUAAAAAAAAAGUCUAAGAACAAAUAAUUUAUUAAUUAUAUAAAACUCAUUGUGUUUCUUUUUAUCUUCAAUCAUCUAGUUCAAGUAUUACGUAAAGAUAAUUAUUUAUUGUCUACUCAACAUUUGAAAUUACUGAAUCCAUCAGUAUUUUUUUUAGAAUCAAUUUUGUUCAUUAUGUAGUGAAAAUGUAAAUAAUUCGGAAUUUCUGCUGCAUUGUUUAUGAUCAAUUAAUUAUAAUUCAGAUCUGUCGAAAAUUGAGUACUGAUAAAUGAACUUGUAAUGUCUGAUGCAUUACUUGUAUGAAAUUAAAUCAAUCCCUUGUGAAUUACCUACAAUAUUUGAUAUUAUAAAAGGUAGUAAACUAGCACAAAAAUGUGCAUUGAGACUGUAAAUAUUGUAAAUCAAUUGCUUAAUAAAAGAAUUGAAACGGCUUUUAUUGACAAAAAUGAAAAAAAUGUCUCAAAUAAAGUGUUUAAUAAAUUUCUUAA